UUUCAAGUGACGUAAAUUUAUCAAACAAACGAUUUUUAUUGUCUCUCAAUGAAAUACGAAGUUUCAGAUCUUGAGGACUUCGUACGUGGAACUAAAUAUAACAAAGAUGGUGAUUGUAGAUACAUGAAUAAUGAAUUCAAUAAUAGAACAUGCAGUAAAUAGAUAAUGCUGCGGUAUAGUCAAUACAUUGCAAACAUAUUUGUAUUUUAUUAAAUCUAUAUUUAACACAUCCUUAACAUGACAAUUUUCGUUCUACCAUAAUUUCUAAUUAGCAGCAAUUUUAAAAAACACUUGAGAAAAACGACGAUUUAUUUGAGAGCAAACAUGUUUCGACAUUAUCAGAAUGCCAGGUGUAAAUGUAAAUGUGCAUGUACAUGUACAUGUAGAUGUACAUGUAGAUGUAGAUGUGAACGAUAAACGCGAGAUGGAAGUGGAAGCUGUUACAAUGGAGACGAAAAUCGACAAGGUUAGAAAAACAUAUGAUUCUGAAAUAAAAGAAAUUCAGAAGAAUCAUAAGAAGGAAAUUGGUAAGAUGCGCAAAGAUUUUCAGGAAAUAGUGAAGCUAAAAAACUCUUUGAAAGAGGAAAAUGUUUGGUUUAAAAGCGAAAAAGAAGAGAUGGAUGGUAGGAUUAAGAAAUUACGAGAAAAAUUAAAACAAACAAAACAUCAACUGGAUGAGUGUGUCAAACGAGAAAAUGAUAAAGAAGUAGAGUUGGAAGUUGCCCAUAAUAAGAUUGAAUCAAUGAAUCGUGAACGACAUUAGACAACUUGAAAAUUGAAUACAAUCAGAACAAUAUUGAACGGGUCCGGUUUGUUGCUUAACUUUUAACCCAUUUUCCAUCAAAUUUUUACUUCUUUAUCUUCUCUUUUAUCCCAUAUCUUCCUAGGCCCGUUCAUUACAGGAUUUCAUUUCACAAUUAACAGAACUUCAGGAGCAAUUUCAAACAUUAGCGCAAGCUCAACAUGAGACAAAAUUACUUUGCA